AUGCAGCACAUAACGCCCGCGUGCCCCCGCGGCACCGACUGGCUGGUGGUUACUAAUGGGGACAACCUGUACGACCCCUCAUUCCUGGGGAGGCUGCUGUCGGAGGCGGCCGCGGGCGGCGGGGCCGACGCGGUGGCGUUUGAUUACUACUCGCGCUUCCUGCGCCCCACAGGCGAGCCGUGCGGGCGCUUCGCGGCGGCGCAGGGGCGCGGCAGCUGCAAGCCCAACCUGAUGAGGUGGUGCCAGACAGACCUGGCGGCGACGGCCUACAGGUGGCCCAAGUUUGUGGGCAGGGAGGGCGGUGAUAACAUGCUGUUCGGGGUGCUGGACAAGGGCAUUAGUCACGACGGGCAGAUGGCGCAGCAGGCCGUGGCGCGCGGCUGGAAGGUCCGGCGCGUGGACGACGCCUGCCUGGUCGACCACGCGCCCAGCCCCCAGCUAUGCGCCCUCGCCGGCCGCGUUUGGGACGACCGGGAGGCGGCCACGCCCCACGCGACGGGCGGCGCCUGCGUCGGCGCGGCGCGGGCGGCGGCGCUGCUGGCGCGGGCGGGGGUGGAGGAGGUGGAGGUGCCCGUCGCGCACGACACGAGCUUCGGGCUACCAGAGGGCCGCCUGGCCCUGCGUUGCCUGAGGAUGGCAGACAAGGGGCAGUGGGGCCAAAUGCUGGAAUUCUUCUCGAAAGGCUGCGAGGAGCCGCCUCCAGAGGUCGUCCUGGAGGAAAUCGUUGAGGGCGGCGCGGCGCGCGACCCAGAGCCUCCGGCCGCUUGA